AUGAAUCAGAAGAGUCUCUCUCUCAGGGACUGAGUCCGUUUCUAAUCAAGGAAAGUUAUUACUGCUGUGUCUGUGUGUUAUACAAAAGGUUAUGGGCCCAGUACCUAGGAACCAGAAUAACACAAGAUGGCAAGUUCAACAGAGGAGAAGAGCAUGAAAGCUGUCCAGUUCAACGGCAGCAACUUUGCUGUUUGGAAGUUCAGCAUCUUCCUCAAACUGAAACUAAGAGGUUUAGCCCCAAUCGUGGAAGGCUCGAAACAAAAACCAAUCAAUGGUGAACCAGAAGAUAUUGACAGAUGGGUGAGAGACGACACUCACGCCAUGAGAUAUAUAUUCGAGACCUGCAACGAGGAACAGCAGCAGAAUCUCCUCACCUGUGAAACCUCCCAUGAAAUGUGGCUCUCAAUCACGAGUCAACAUCAGCAAGGCACAGCAGAGAGGAGACAAUCUCUUAACCAGUCUUUCUUAAAUUAUAAAUUCAAAUCCGAACAUUCCGUUCGAGCUCAUGUUGAGUCCAUCAAACUGCUAGCCAAGAACUACAGCGAUGCCGGAGGCAUCAUUGACGACGCCCAGAUUUGUAACAAGGUGUUAACAUCAUUACCUCCGAGCUACGAUCACUUCCGAACAUCAUGGGAGUGCAUGACCGACGCCGAAAAAACCCUGAUUGCUCUCAUGACUAAGCUAUGCAGCCAAGAGGAGAGACUUAAUCUCAGAACCGGUGGACAGAAAAGCUCCGACGACCUGGCCUUCUUCGGCGAAAUUCCCGCUCAUCAAUCGACGUUCACUCACGCUCCCUCGCAGGACCGUGGCUACGGAAACCCUCAACGGUUUCAAGGAGGUAGAGGCCGACCGAUCGAAGGCCGUAACUCUAGAUUCGAAGAUUCAAAUGGCUCGUCACGGAAGAGAGGACGAUGCAACAAUUGCGGUCGCCCGGGUCACUGGGCUGACGACUGUUGGGACGAUCCGUACGACGAACCAUACAACCCCAACUGGAAACCCAAGGAGGCAUCGUUAGCCACCGUCGAUCUUUCAUGGCGAAAGGAGAAACCGGCUCCGCAACAAGUUUCGAACGAUUUAAAUUAAAUGAAUUCAAAGUUACUUCUUCUUACACUCU